GGACAAUCAUAGCGCUUGCCUGUCCGCAUGUUCCGGACUAGAUUUGCCUUAUUUCUUCCUGUGAAGGGGGGAUGCUCUCGAAUGAGAGAGCACUCAGCCAUUCCUCUGCAAUUUAAUUCUCUAUACCAUAACCAUGGAAGCAUAUAACGGUUUGCGUAGUAUCAACAGGUUACCUGAUGAAGUUCUUUCGAACAUUGUCUCAUUUCUUCCUUUGAAAGAUGCAGUUCGUACCUCUGUACUGUCAAAAAGGUGGAGGUAUAUCUACACUUCAAGUUCAAACCUCGUAUUUGAUUUUGGAGGUUUCCUUAAUUCUGAAGAUAGUAUGCCGGAGCCGAUUGAUGUCAUCGAUGUUGUGAAUAAGGUAUUAUUUGCCCGUAGCGGAAGUCCUAUAAAUAAAUUUUUUCUUGGUGGCUUAGACUCACAACCUCUUGACCUUCAGUGCCUUGAAAGUUGGAUAAGUGAUCUAACAUUGCAUGAUUCUAUUUUUGAAAUCCCCACCAAAGUUUCUCUCCCAAGCCUAAAGGAGCUUCAUCUCGAUAGCGCUAUCCCCUUUUCCAAUGAUAAUUCAGCUGAAAGCUUGCUUUCUAACUGUCCUAUUCUUGAGCAUUUGUUCUACAUGUUCAGAGAUAAGGAUUGUAAAUUCUUUGUUUCUCAUCCUACACUUAAGAGUCUCUCCCUAGAUUGCAUGUGUAAGGAAGGACGGUCUAUAAAUUUUGAGAUCGCGAUUAAUGCCCCAAGUCUUGUGUUCUUGAAAUACAAUGUACAAGAUGUAAAUUCUCAUAAUUUUGUAAACGUGCAAUCUCUUACUGAAGCCGAUAUUGGUUUUUAUCACAAGGAAGUCGAUCAUCUGCGUUACACCAAUGUUGCAACUGAUUUGCUGAAAGGGAUAAGCAAAGUUCAAAAACUUGCAAUAUCGGUUGCAACUCUAGAAGAUCUCUUAAAUUUCGGCAUACCAAUCCCUGUGUUGCAUAAUUUGUCUCAUUUGACACUUUUCGAUUGCAAUGAUGAUCAUGACUCGUCAAUAUUGCUACGUUUACUAGCACGUUGUGAGUCUUUGGAAACCCUUGUUUUUAAGGUAUUUCCAGAUAAGUGGAAUCUCGAUGCUUUGUACUCCCUAGGGGAGUCUAGAAUUAGUUGUUUGCUGUCUCGGCUUAAGACAAUCGAAAUUGAGGAAUUCGGAGAAACCGUGUUCGGGGAAAUCGAUAAUCAGAUGGAAUUGGUGAAGUAUUUAAUGAGUGAGGCAAAAGUACUAGAGAGCGUGAAAGUUCAAAUUGCUUGGGGACCAUAUGAAGCACAAUUGCGGAUAGCUAACAAGUUAUCGACGUUACCAAGAGCGUCAAAAACAUGCGGACUCUUAAUUUGUUACAAAUCUUACAAUUUGUGCUAACAAUUGUAUAAACUUAACAGACCAAACUAAUGAAGGGAUUAAAAAAAUUUAUUUUUC